AGAGCGCCCACCCCAGUCCCGUUCCCCUUUCCUCUCGGCCACGUCGGAGCCGGACAAGGAAGCAGGAUCGGGAAUGUCGGCUACGACGAAUCGCCGCCAGAAGGACAUCACGAAACUGAUGAUGAAAGACUACAAGGUGGAGAUGGAGACCGAUGACUCGAAAAAGUUCUUUGUUUAUCUGCACGGCCCCAAAGAGAGUCUUUAUGAAGGAGGUGUGUGGAAGCUUAGGGUGGAACUCCCAGACGAAUACCCUUUUAAAUCUCCAUCAAUUUACUUUGUUAACAAUAUAUUUCAUCCUAAUGUAGACGACGAGUCCGGUGAACUUUGUGUGAAUGUUUUCCAUGAAGAUUGGAGCCCCAUGAUCGAUCUUCUCACUGUGUUCGAAAAUUACAUUACACAAUUUCUUUUGACUCCAAACCCUUUGAACCCACUGAAUGAGGAAGCUGCAGAACUAAUGAUCACUGAUCAUUCUGCUUAUGAACAGAAAGUGAAAGAACACUGUCAAAAAUAUGCAAAGCCCGCAGACGUUGGUGUUUCUGAAGACAAAAUGCUAAGCAAAGAGGAAUCGGAUCGGAACGAUGAACAUUAAGUGGGAACCUUAAAUGAGGUUCUUCUGUUUUCUGCACAUGUUCGAUUCAGCUUAUGAACUCUUCAUUUCUCAUGUGGGCAUCGCAGAUAGGCA